GCGCCAAGGCACCCCAAAAGCGCCGAGGCACUAGAAAUGCGCCAAGGCACAAAAACAUCAUCAUAAUGGUUUGUUGGCGCAUUUUCAGUGCCUUGCCACUGAUCUGCGUCAAAUCAUCAAAAUUGAACGAAAAACCACUAAAAGUGCGCCAGUACGCUUGUUGGCGCAUUUUAAGUUCCACAAGAAAAUCCCCGUUCCCGUAUCCUUACAUUCAUGUGCUAAUGAAUAUCCUAAUUUUUGUGCGGUAAGUAUUUUUUCGUUUUCAAAACUUUUUAGCUCAUUUGAUGCAAAAUUUUGCGCUGAUAAUUUUUGCAAUUAAAAAUUUCUUUCAAUCUCUAACCGUUCCAGAGAUAUGGUCGUUAGAAGUUGAAGGUGCGAGAGAGAGGGGACGCAGACGACAAGACGCUCUGCCUCUCUGCGUCUCUCCCUCUCCCUCUUCCAACUUCAAACCCCUAUAACUCCGCAACCGGAAGAGCUAUCAAAAAAUUUUCAACUAGCAAAAUGCUCACAAUGCUCUGCUUAACAAUUUCUUAGUUGACAACUUUUUUCUAUCUCAACCGGCUCCCAAGUUACAGGCUCUUAAUUGGCGGCCUGGUGGAACUACAAUAUUGCCACAUUUUUCCAAUUUUUCCAGGUUUUUUUAUUAGCGUGCUAACAUUUUUGAAAUUAAAAUUAUUUAAAUUUUGGAAAAAAAAUGUUUAGAACUUUCACGUAAUUUGUCAACUUUGCCAACUUGCCCAUGGGAUUUUGUGGAAAAAAAAACAUUUAUUUUGUAAGAAAAUCAAUAAAUCAACAAAAAAUGCUCAACGUUUUCGCAACCCUAUUUUUCAUCAUAAUCCUCAACUUUUGCUCGAGUCAAAACGCGCCGGACCAUUACGUGUUCAUCGCAAGGAUGACGUGUCGGAUCCCUGAAAAGCACAAUUUUCGGUACAGAAUUCAGUACUUUGAUGCGAAUCGUUUCACGGCGGACACCAAAGCCACCCGGUUGGAUAAUAUUGGAAAUGGUGAUAAGGGCGAGUCGAUGGACAAUAAUUAUGGGAUCUUGUUUGGCAAUGCGUUUUAUGAUAAGACCUAUGAGCUGUACGCACUAGUCUUGCACGAUUGCACAAAGAGCACGACAAAGAUGCGGACGAUUAGAGUGGAAUUGGACGAUUACUCGGUUCCUGGCAGAGAAUGGAUCAAACGAUUUCACCUGGAUAUCACAGAGCGUGGCGAGCAGGUUAAUGCUCAGGAGAUUCCACAUCCGAAGUUUAAUUUUUGAACUAUUUUUUUGUAAUAAAUUUUAUGUGUUUCUUGU